CGAUCGAUUUAUUAAAAUAAUAAAAAAUUUCAAAUAAUAAUAAAAUGUAUAGUAAUAUAUGUAUUAAUAUAAUGCAUAACCAUAACAUAUAUAUAUGUGUGCAGUAAAUAAAAUAUAUAAAUAUCAUAAAAUAUGUUCACUGGGUUCAACGGUUCACCCAAUACACCCGUUUCACAGACUUCAUCGAUAUCAAAAGCAUUUCCAGCUAUAGUUUCUUUUCUAAACAUCCGAAGAAAAUUGUGAAAAACAAAAAAUGCCUGAAACCGAUGUAAAUAAAAUGAAAGUGGCUGAUUUAAAGCGCGAGUUAAAGUUGCGCGGUCUGCCAGUUAAUGGUAAUAAAAACGAACUAGCUGACCGACUGCAAACAGCCCUACUCGAAGGCAGUCUCUCAUUGGAAGAUAGCGCCAUUAACGACGACGCGCUAGAUGGAGACGAUGACGUUUUGUUGACCGAUGAGGAUGAGCACAAGCUACUGCUGGACGAACAUGAAGAUGAGCUGCUUAAGAGUCCGGUGCCCACAUCAGCAACAUUGCUGCAAUUAGGAACUGAUAAGGCGGAGACGGAGACCCCCUCAAGCGUCAAGAAAAUUGUACUGAAGAGGACGAAUUCCCAAUUGGUGACAGGAGCAGGAACCGCCGCCGCAGCUAACACAUCGGCAAUCAUAUCCAAGGAAAAUGCCGCACCAGAAGCUAAGCCCACUGAAGAGAAACCAGCAGCUGCUGAUACCGCAAAGACGGAAGAGACUCCCACCAAAACCAAUCAUAAACCUAUUGUAAUUGGACGCAGCUCCGCAACGAGUGCCGAUACGAAUAAAAAACUCAGUGAAUUGAGCAUUCAGGAGCGUUUGGCUUUACGUGCCAAGAAAUUUGGAAUCACCGAAUCGGCGGCUACGGCUGUAGCAACGGCCAUUAAUAAGUCAUCAAGCGCUUCUAUUGUGUCCAACAAGGGUAACAAGGAAACAGAUGAAGAGCAGAAGGAGGCAUUAAAGCGAAGAGCUGAACGUUUCGGUUGCGUGGUUCCCGAGAAGACAUCCAAAACAGCAACCGAUGAGCGUCUGCAAAAGCGCAAGGAACGAUUUGGUCUAGCAACGGAAUCUUCAGGAGCAUCAACCGGUGCAGCAACAAAAGGAGCCAAUACCAACUAUUCCGAGAAAGCCCUGGCACGCUUGGAACGAUUUAAGACAACGUCGACAACCCCGUCGACGGCAACGGCAGCAACUCCUACCACAAUAGCUGCAACCAAGUAGUAGGACUAGAGAUUCCGACAAUCAGAAUAAUAUAUUGCAUAAGCAAAACCAUAUUGUAGGAUUUAAGCCAUCCACAUCAGCAAUAGUUAAGCAACAUUUAACUAAACGAAUAAAAUAAAAUGAAAAUCAUAUGAACUAGAAA